GGCGUGAUUACGUACUUCAAAAUGGCAGCGCUGGUGUCCUUGUUGUUAAGACCGAGAGCAGGUUUUCUCGUGUCAUGUCAGACACCAGCGGUCCUCACGAGCAGACCUGCGUCUAAGAAGUCUGGAGGCAGCAGCAAGAACCUGGGAGGGAAAAGUCCGGGUCACAGAUACGGCUUCAAGAAACAAGACGGAGACUUUGUUCGAGCAGGAAACAUCCUUGCCACACAGAGGCUCAUGCGCUGGCAUCCUGGAGCUCAUGUUGGCAUGGGGACGAACAACACGCUGUAUGCUCUGGAGGACGGGACGGUCCGCUUCACUAAAGAAGUAUACAUUCCUCUUCCUCGCAGCACCGAAGCACGGGACCUGAUCCCCAAACUGCCCAGAGGAGCCGUGCUCUACAAGUCCUUCAUCAACAUCGUCCCCACCAAGCAGGAGAACAACUUCAAACUAGUGGACAUGGUCUGAGACACAGUGAUGACCGAUGUCCAGACUCUCGGAACUGACAGAAGUGUGAAAGUCACACGUGAUGGAGCGAUGCCACGUGUGUGAUGUCACCAGUGUUUUUUUGUUUGUUUUUUUUUACUGUUAAUAAAUAUGUAAUAAAUAUAAAGAAUUAAAUGCCAUAAAUAUUAAA